CGAGAGGUAGGGGUACACAAGAAAAUGUUAUAAGCGAAAAUAAAAGCAAGAAAGAAGGCAAGGUCCCCGCGAGUGGCGAAGCUUUAAAGACGAGAGGGUAGUUUUUUUGCAGUCUGUGUAGGUGCUUCGUGGAGCGAGCGUCGUAGCAAAGGCUCUUUAAGGAGAAUUGAGAAAAAAGAAGAAGAAGAAAAAGAAGGAUGUGGGAUGAUGAACCAGCUCCGUGGGAUCUUGAUGAACCAGCUGCCGAAGAAACAGAAGCCCAAGAAGGGGCCCCGGAAGGGGCAGCUGAAGGGGCUGAACCCGGUGAAUUACCAAAAGUAAAACUUGAGAAGAUCGAACCUCCAAAGUACAAUCAUCACUGGGUGCGCCCAUUAUUUCUCAAUUAUGCCUAUCUUUACGAUUACAGGAAGAAUUAUUACGACGACGUAAUCGAUUAUCUCGAUCAAAGACAAAAGGGUUUGUAUCGUGAGCCUCCAAGGGCACAGGAAUGGGCAGAAAGGGCUAUGAGGACGUACGAUCAGAAGAAUAUUGAUAAGAGUAUUAAGAGAUCCGCCGAUAUGAAGUACAUCACUAAAAUGGAAGUUAAGCCAAGACAUUAUAGUUACCAUACGCGAGCAUAUUAUAGUUUGAAGUAUCAGAGAAUUCUUUGAAUUAUCAUUUUCGACGGAGAAAGAUCGACGAAGAUCGAUGGAUUAACGAUCUUAUUAUGUUCUUCGUCGAUAUUGCUAUUAUCGAUAAUGCCAGUGAUAAGCUGUUAAUCCUUUUUUUAAUCGGCUUACCUAUACGUCGUAAAAUGAAUAUUCAUCUUAUAAAUGAGAAUAUUGUAUUUUAAAAAUAAAUCGUAGUCGUUGUAGAUAUUUAUUUUAGAUCUUUCAUUAAACGGAGGAAAAAGAUUACGGUUUACCUCUGGCUAAAUUCAUCUAUCGAAUAGCACUUACCGUCUAAUUUUAUCGAUAAUUUCAUUUCUAGAUAAAUUCGAUUCGAUUUCAUACCCGAUUCAUUUAUCUUCGUAGAUAUAUAUUUUUCAUAAAUAGGGACUGACAUUCGCAUAAAACAUCGAUAUCUUAUUCCAUCAGCAAAUCAAUCGUCAUAAAUCUAAACGCGUAUUCGUUUUAUUUGUUUCGUUUGAUUAUUUAUUUGUCAACAAUUUUAUGAUAUAGCUGUGACGUGCUCGUGUACUAUGCCUAUUGUAUAUGUAUUACCGCUAUAAAUCGGUAUUAUAGAAUACACGUGCACUUUUAAUUAACGAAAUUCAUAAAUUACUUUUCAUUCCCAUUUUUCAUCCCCCUCGAGUUUUAAAUAUUAUAUACUUUUAGCGAAGUAAGUAUCAUCGUAGAUGCGCGCAUAAUGCAGGAAUUUAGGUACGAACGGAAAUGGUUCUCGUUGUUACACGAUGGAAUCAAUUACAUCAGAAAAUAAUAAUAAUUUUACUUUUUAUUGUAAAUAUGUAUUCGCAUCAAUAUACGUAACGUAGUCAUUUUAUAUUCAGCAAUUUCCACAUUAAUAGUGUAUAUGUAUAUAUGCAUGUAUAUAUGUAUAUACAGAUUCAAUUAAAAUACACGUUUAAAAAGGGUCAAAUCGAACAACAAAUUCGAUCCAAUCGCGAUGACGAACAAAGUUUUUUAAAAGGAGACGCUCUUCUUCCGUUUCAGAAACUUUCUUUUUAUCGGUUGCAUGGCAAGAACAUCUAAUGGGUCUUCGACAAAUUCAUUAGCAUCGGCUAAAGAGUUAAAUCGAGCUCUUCCUUUGAAAGCUCGAGGCGUUGAUAUUUCCGGAUCUACGUUUUGCAUUCUUGCCCACUGUAAUAUAAUUUGCGGUUUGGCUUUAGAUUUUUCUGGAACGAGUUCCAUAUUGGCCAAUUUCCGUGAUCUAUCGAGUUUCUGUGUUAGAGUUAUGUUGUCUUGAUCGUCUUCGUUAUUAUCGAAUUUAGUUGCGUGUCUUUGGAAAGCAUUGUCGGCGGCUUCUAAGGUGUUCUUGGCCUUCUCAAUUUCGGCGUUCAAAUCGAUUACGUCGAAAAUACGGUCCUGAAAGUAAACGAAUUUGUGAAUGUUAAGAAAAUGAAUCGAUCGUAGAUGUAUAUGGUCGUAGAUCACUGGAAAUUCUUCGAAAAUUCCAGCCUAUAAGAACGAUUUAAAAGUGCAUAUACGUAGAUAAUAAAUCCGCUCGUUUUGCACGCAUUAAGAGGGUAUUUUGGUUUACAGGAUCAAAAAAAUCUAUCUCAACUGUUGAAAAAUUUCUGAAAUAUAUUUUUAAAAUAUGAAAGGACGAAAUUUGACAAAUAGAUCCCGUUUUAUGAAUGCCUAAAGUAGAAGUGAUAUAAAAAUAGAAAAGUACGUAAAAAUCCAUAAGUUCCAUGUAUUUAUACAACAAUCUAUUCGUAUAUUUUUUUUUCUUUUUAUAUUCAGACUAAUUAUUUUUGUUUCGUAUGACUGAUAAAAGGUGGGCGUUCUAUGUUUAUUAUCACUACAUUGCAACUGUACGAAAUCAAUGAUUAUUUUUUUUGUUUAAAUUAUGUUUUCCUUUCCGAGAUGUCGGAUAAGAAUAGAAAAAGAUUAAUCAUCAGAAAAAAUACUUUUUAAUGCAACAUCUGAAAGUGAGUGGCGAUUGAUAUUUUCUAAGUACUGCAAAAUAAGUAGAUUCUUUAAAAAAGUCGUUUAAUGAAAUGAAAUAUUAAAAAGUAAGUACGUAGAAUUGAAAGUAGAAAUUAAAAAAAAAAAAAAAAAGAAAAAAAAGGAAUAAAAUAAAUUCCUAGUUAUCGUGAAAAAAAUUAUUGUCCGAACCAGAGUACCCUCUCAAAAGAAGUGAACCUGCAUGUCUCUUCUCUUGCGUCUCAAUUCGGCCAAAUCUUCCUCGAAGGCAGCCGCGGCACGUUCUUUGUACCGGCGUUGAUUCAAAACGAAAUCAUCUUCGAAAUCGUCCUCCGGAUAUGCUCGGCCACGUCCGUCGUAAAUAAAGUCCAGAUCGUCGUAAUAAUCUCCACGAUUUCCCGAUAAGUUUCGGGAGCCUGAAAUGUUAGUGGGAAGGUGUUAGCUAGUAAUAAGGAUAAAAUGCUAAAUGAAGUUAAAUACCUGUAAAAUGCGUUACAUUACACAACCAGGAUGACUCAUGUAAAGUGUUACAACGACCUUAUUUUUAUUUUUGUUAAAUAAGAGGAUAUUUCAAAACGGUAUUAUUAGGUUUAGUAAGAAUUAUUGAAGUAAGAAAUAAUUUAUAUUUCACUCCAUUUAAUGACGUAAGUUAAUAAUGCGGAGAAAAUUAAUUUUAAGUAGAUAUAUUUAACUGUUGCGAUGAAAACAGUUCGUAACGUUUUACGUUGGCCAUCCUGUAUACAUUGAUAUCUAUUUUUGUGUAUCGUUAAACGAGUCAAGAUUAUAUCUUGGUUGUAUUUAGUAACAGCUAACAUCCAAUCCUGCUAUUAGAUUUUAUUACGUCGUUACAUAUAUUAUUCCGCAAGUAAAAAUUGAAUUUUAUUAGAGUAACAUGCAAGAAAAAAAAGGAGUAUUGUAUGUACAUGCGUGAGAAAUACAAAUUGCAAAGCGUAACAAGAUAAUUCAACAGUAAAGACAACACGAUAUCAAUAAAGGUAGUACAUGAUGUUUCUCAAGUUUUACAACAAAAUUUAUUGGUAAACGAGAAAGAAAGAAGAUAUAUACAGUAGCGUGCAGACAUAGAAGUAAUUUCUUUCUUAACGUUUAAUCCUUACAAGAACACUUACUAUGUACUGCAAUGUAUUUUAAGGUACAUACAUAUAUAGUCGAUUUAAUAGUCUUUUUUUUUUUUACGUAGAAGUGUAUUCCCGCAGAAACAAUAAAAUUUCGUGAAGUAUUACUUAAAUAGAACGAAGAAUAUGAGGAUGGUGGUCACAAUGAUCUUUCGGUGACGUAAUAAAGUCAUAGUUUUUUUGUUAUAGAUAACUCGUGAUUGGCUAUAGAGCACAAUCCUUUUACUCAUAGUCACUUAAUUAAUAGAAAUACAAUUAAACCGUCCUUUCGUUUCGGAUAAGUCGAACGAUUGAAAUGAAUGAAAAAGAAAAUAAGAAAACUACUACCUGUAUCCUGUAAAUUAUUUAAAGAAGUGAAAUAAUAAAAGGUAUCAAUUAAUAUGGUCUCAUUUAAGACGAUUUUAAGCAAUGUGCAAUAAAGAAAA